UCCUCCUCCCUCAACCUCCGCUUCCUCCCCCUCCCUUCCACCCUCUUCCUCUCCCGCUUCAUCGCCAUCGCCGACGACGACAUCUCCCCUUCCCCUCACUCCCUCUCCCUCGCCCUCUCCCUCCUUUCCCGCCGCCCCCUCUCCCUCCUCGGCUUCUUCCCCCGCUCCCACGCCCUCGACCUCCAUUCCAAGUCCUGGAUCUACACCCUCCAUCCCGACCGCUACUCCAUUGUUCUCACCAAGCUCAUGCUCCUCCGCGCCGACUACCUUCACAAAUACAGCUGCUGGACCAAAUUAGCCCCCGCGAGGGCGGUCGUGGACCGCCAUCGUAACUGCGAGGACAUUCUCAUGAACUUCGUCGCCGCCAUGGAGAGUGGGGAAGGCCCUCUGCUCGUCGGCGGAAGGGUUAGGGAUUAUGGCGAUCCCAGGAAUCGGGGAAAGGGGGAGACGGAGAUCGGAAGGGUAGGGUUGAGCUCGAGGAAGGAGCAUUGGGAGAGCAGGGGGAACUGCAUUACUGAGUUCCAUCGGUUGCUGGGUGUGAUGCCGCUCAGGUACAGUUACGGUAAGGUGGUCGGAGAGAUUGGGGAACAGGGGCUUUGUAGAAAGGCUGGUAAACUGGUUCUAUGUGACCAAGAUUAGAUUGAGACUAAAUCAAAUAUAAAUAAACUCUCUUUUAAUCA